GACAGAAAUUUCAACAAACAGGGGAUGUUAUAAAGCAUCUUUCGCAUUGUAUCAGUUUAAUUUAGGCUGUGCAUCUUGUUCCCAGUUGAUGAUUAGAAGAAGCAGUGUUGGAUAAAGCGUACGCGAUGAAGUCAAGUCUCACUGUUUUGUCUACCCUUGUUCUCCUAAUGGUCAUUGCCACAAAGGCAAAGAAAGGAAUUGUAGCAAAGUUCUGUGUUAACGCCAACUGGUGGAAGUCAUUUGACAAAAAAGGAUGGUCAAAAUGUUCCACCAGUAAACAGUUCAUCACUGGAUUUUAUCGUAGCAAGUUAUAUACUUUCCUACAUGAUGGAAUUUACAAACUUGAAGAAGCAAAGUGCUGUUUGUCUAGUCCUGGAUACAGAGGUCAAAAGAGCAUUUGUGUCAACGCUAACUGGUGGAAAACAUUAGACAAAAAAAGCACUUGGAGUGUUUGCCCUCAAGGAUAUUUUCUAAAUGGUCUUUAUCGCACAAAGGGAAAUCAUUUACACAAUAUUGAGGAAGGAAACUGUUGCAAACCAAUACGCCAUCCCAAAAGGUAUGGUGGUUGCUACAAUGAAUAUAUCAGACAUGCGUUUGACAGGAAAGGAUGGACAACGUGUAAAAAGGCAGGUUACUACGUCACUGGGUUGUACAGAGAUCAUAAAAGUGACUGGCUUCACAACAUUGACUACUUCAAAUGCUGCAAAAUGGCCCCAGUUUUCAACCCAUGUGCUAAGAAACCUUGCAAGAAUGGUGGUCUUUGUUUAAAGAAAAUCAAAUCUUACCAGUGUUUAUGUAAACCUGGCUACCGAGGAAAAAACUGUGGAAUCUACAAUGCUUGUCAUACAAAACCUUGUAUUAACGGUGGUGUAUGCAAAAGGAAGGGAAAGUUGUACAGCUGCAAAUGUAAACCUGGUUACUUUGGAAAGAACUGUCAAUUCUACAAUGCUUGUCACACAAAGCCUUGUAUUAACGGUGGUGUAUGUCAAAGAAAAGGGAAGUUGUACAAUUGCAAAUGUAAACGUGGUUACUUUGGAAAGAACUGUCAAUCCUACAAUGCUUGUCACACGAAACCUUGUAUUAACGGUGGUGUAUGUCAAAGGAAGGGAAAGUUGUACAAUUGCAAAUGUAGACCUGGUUACUUUGGAAAGAACUGUCAAUCCUACAAUGCUUGUCACACGAAACCUUGUAUUAACGGUGGUGUAUGUCAAAGGAAGGGAAAGUUGUACAAUUGCAAAUGUAGACCUGGUUACUUUGGAAAGAACUGUCAAUUCUACAAUGCUUGUCACACAAAGCCUUGUAUUAACGGUGGUGUAUGUCAAAGGAAAGGAAAGUUGUACAAUUGCAAAUGUAGACCUGGUUACUUUGGAAAGAACUGUCAAUUCUACAAUGCUUGUCACACAAAGCCUUGUAUUAACGGUGGUGUAUGUCAAAGGAAAGGAAAGUUGUACAAUUGCAAAUGUAAACGUGGUUACUUUGGAAAGAACUGUCAAUCCUACAAUGCUUGUCACACGAAACCUUGUAUUAACGGUGGUGUAUGUCAAAGGAAGGGAAAGUUGUACAAUUGCAAAUGUAGACCUGGUUACUUUGGAAAGAACUGUCAAUUCUACAAUGCUUGUCACACAAAGCCUUGUAUUAACGGUGGUGUAUGUCAAAGGAAAGGAAAGUUGUACAAUUGCAAAUGUAGACCUGGUUACUUUGGAAAGAACUGUCAAUUCUACAAUGCUUGUCACACAAAGCCUUGUAUUAACGGUGGUGUAUGUCAAAGGAAAGGAAAGUUGUACAAUUGCAAAUGUAGACCUGGUUACUUUGGAAAGAACUGUCAAUUCUACAAUGCUUGUCACACAAAGCCUUGUAUCAACGGAGGUGUAUGUCAAAGGAGAGGAAAGUCGUACAAUUGCAAAUGUAAAUUUGGUUACUUUGCAAACAAGUGUCAAUAUACGUUUAUACCGAGACGUUGCGUUAAUGACAACUGGUGGAAAUCAUUUGAUAAAAAAGGAUGGUCAAGAUGUGACAAUGCGAAACAAUUUAUUACUGGAUUUUACCGAAACAAGUUAAAAAAAUUCAAUAAUGAUGGAAUUUAUAAGCUUGAAGAAGCGAAAUGCUGCACUUCCAGUUCACUCUACGCAGGGCAACGAAGUACAUGCAUAAAUGCUAACUGGUGGAAAUCACUUGACAGGGCCAGUACUUGGAGUGUUUGCCCUCAAGGAUAUUUCCUAAAUGGUCUCUAUCGCUCCAAAGGCCAAAGAUUACACAAUAUUGAGAUGGGAAAAUGUUGCAAGCCUGUCAAUCAUCCAAACAAGUAUGCUCACUGUUACAAUGAACAUAUCAGAUAUGCAUUUGACAGGAAAGGAUGGACAACAUGUAAAAAAGUUGGAUAUUACGUCACUGGGUUGUACAAAAAUCAUAAUGGGGACUGGCUUCACAACAUAGACUACUUCAGAUGCUGUAAAAUGUGGACUGGGAUAGGCUUGGCAGCCAGGGGUCCUUUACAUGACUAUUAAAGAAGAUGGAAAAUUAAAUUGACUCUUCAAACUAAUUUUUAAAUGUAAUUGUUUUGUUUUUACAUUUAAUAAAAAAUUGCAUUAAAAAUUAUUACUUUGCGGUUUUGUCUAAAAUAGAGAUAUAAAAUAAACCCUGUUUGAGAAACAAAUGUAAGCACAUUUCUUACUGACAUGAAAUUUUUUUCAUCUAAGGAUAAUGACUCGUGUGUGAUGUAAUGAUACAGAUUUGGCUAAAGAUAUCUGCCUUCGGCAUACUAGUAAGAAAUUGAUUUUAAGUUAAAGUUUCUUAUUUUAUUGCUACAAAAAACAUUUCUCUUGCACAUACUAUUCCAUGAAAUGUUAUAAGACAAGUUAGAACUAGGAAGAAAUGCAGCAGCUUAACUGCAAAACAGGAGAAUGUGCUUAAAUGUAAAACAUGUGUACAUUGUGGCUUUUGAUGCACACUGUUAGUUUUGAAAAAUAACCACUAAUGAUUUCGUACUUGAUGUGCAUUAUACAGUCACGUCUUUA